AUGGCGGGCAUACUCAACGGCGUAGGCGGGCUGGUCGGUGCGGGCGUCAAGGGGCUGCUGGAUAUGGCGGAGGGGUAUAUGCAUCUCAACGAGGAGGAAAAGGAAGGGGAGAAUGCUGGGACGCCGAGACAGGCGAAAGCUAGGAUAGCCGAGGGAAAGGCUUCACCGGUCGAUAUCGCCUCUACCACGACAGGCUCAUCUCCAGCGUCUUCGUCCACCUCGGCGGCGUCCUCGGCGUUCUCGCACAUAUCGAUCACACAGACCAAGCUCGUCGAGCUGGUGGAUGUGCCGUCGGGGUGGAUACAUUUACAGUCUACCUAUCUGGACGGAACGGGGAGUGAGCGCAAGGUCCGGAGUUUCGGGCUGAGAAAUCUGGGUCAGGAGGCGAUACAGGUGGAAGUGGGAAGCGAUAUGGGGUCACAGAUUGUGUUCUGGAAAGGAGAUGAUGAGAAAGACAUGUCGUCCGCGGCAUCCUACUCGACCUCGUCCUCCGCUUCGAAUACUGCCGGAACGCCCACUCUCACCGCCAUUCUACCCUCACUUUCCACACACACCUUCUACCUCGCUUUUACACCUUCUCAUUCGCAAAUCGCCUCGCCGCCCAACCCUUUGUCCCCCUCGUCCGAGGGCGGCUUCACACCUCGCCUCCUCCCUGCUCUUUCCCGUCAAAUGUCCAACGAUGUCGCUUCGGUACCCAUCAUCCCGGGCGGUCUCUCCUCAUCCUCCUCAGCCUCGGACUCGGUUUCCGUUGGCUCAAGCCAAUCCGUCGCAGGCAGCUUCAAAGGUCCCACCAAUAUCCGGCGCCAAGAACCCGUCCAUCGCGCAUUCUCGGUCCAUGGCUCCAUCUCCAUCCACGCGGCUUCUUCUUCUGCGCCCAUCGCCAUGCAACACAUCGGUCUCCCCUUCUUUGCUACCGUCUGCAAAUCCCUCUUUACCGCGGCACUCAUCGAUCCCACCUCUGGCCUCGCCUCGAGCGCUCAGCAGUCCUCGGGGCAGAUGGUCAUUGAUUUCGGAUCGGACUCGAUUGUCGGGCAGGAAUAUCACCGGGAUAUCCUGCUCGUCAAUCGCUCCGAGAUCGAGCUGGUAUGGAUGACGGCGGUCGUCAAUGCCAGAUACAAGGACGCCGCGUGGUUCUCCCUUCGAGACCUCGACUCGGAGAACGUGUUUGGCGUGGACACGUCCAGUCAGCCCGUACCCCUCCCGGCUCUGUCAUCUCGGCAUCUCCGGCUCGAAUUGCGCGUCAAGCAGCCCGUUCCCGAUUUCAGCUUUGACUUUGUCAUUUCCAACGUCAAUCAAUCAGGAAACCUCGUCACCUGUCGCGCGGUCGGUUCGGGGCAGCCAGAGUCGACAGACACCUCGCUCAAGGUGCUGAGCGGGACGACGCUGGACUUUGGGCAGAUUACGGAUGGCGUCUGGGCAAAGAAGCUCGUGACGUGCAAGAACGCGGGGGAUCGGCCGCUGGAUAUCAAGCUGUCGGGGUCGGAGGGACUGGAUGUGGUCUUUAGACUGGCCGGGGUGGCGGGGGACGAUAUGGAUGAGGAUAUCCCGAUGGAGAAGCUGUUGCCGAGCGGGAAGAAGACUGCGGAGCUGGCGUUGUCGAGGCAGUCGACAAGGGACAGCAUGCACGAUGCUGGCUCCCUCCUACACUCGGACGGCGCAUCAGCGGAUGGCGAAUCCCACGCCUCAUCAUCACAUCGCGGGACCAGCGUGUCUACCAAUCGCGAUCCCUCGGUCACUCCCUCCCAUCCCCUCUCCCGCGUCGCCUCCCAUACCUCCAGCUAUCGCGUCCACACGGAUGCGACCGAGUCGGACGAGGAGGAGCUCGAAGCGCCCUUCUUCUCCAACCGGGACAUCGUCUCCACCUCCCCGCCUGCACCUCGGCCGGACAUGUCCCAGUCCAUCGAGUGUAUCACCGACCGCGCCAUCCCCAAUCAGAUCGAGGAGCUCGCUAUGCGGCCAGGGACCGAGUACCGCAUAUUCGUCCUCUUCCGGCCGGCUCGCGAUACUACCAAUUCCCCAGACAUCGCCGGCUCCCUCCGCACUACCAAAUUCAAAGUCUACAUUGACUCCACUCCCUCAUCCCGCUCCUCCUCCUCCACCAACGCUACUCCCACUCGGCAAACCCUCCACUGCCAAGCCGAAUCCUGCACCUCCCUUAUCGCCAUCGCCUCGGGCGCCAAGGUGGACUUUGGCGAAGUCACGGUCGGCGCUUCCAAGUCGACCACCCUGCGGAUCAAGAAUCUGAGCCAAUUGUCGGCCAAGAUUGAGAUUGCGGCGAUCAGCAAGGUGCUGAGUACAAACCGGAAUGUGAUUGUCAUUCCGCCGCUGGAGGAGGUGGAGGAGAAGAUGGAGUUCUUCCCGAGGCGGAUCAAUGAGCGGUACGAGAAGCAGGUGUUUGUGCGGAAUUUGUUGAAUAGAGCCAACGACCAACUCGUCGAGAUCCGCUCCAAGAACAUCGACAUCAACAAUGUCACCCUCCAUUCCCACCUUUACCGUAUCCUCACUCCCGCCGGCGCAAACUUUCUCGACUUUGGCUCCGUCAUCAUCAACUCCCCUACCGUUCGCACACUCCUGUUCGAGAACCUCACCACCGCACCGCUCGUCCUCGCGCUCAUGGCGUCCCAGCCAGAGGACGUUGAGCUGUACGUCAAGCUCGAAGACUGCGAGCAGCCGCUCGAGAAGAGUAUGGUGUUUACGGGCAAGUAUGCGGAUACUUCUGCGUUGGAGCGGGUGACCUCGCCGCAGAAUGGCGCUUUGAAGGAGAGGUUUAUGGAGACGUUGCGGGAGUUGGGGAGUAGGCCGGCCGUAUCGGCGCCAAAGACCAAGGGGAAGACGAAGGGGUUGGGGAAGGAGGUGGAAAAGGCGGCGAAAGCGAAGGAAGGGGAGGACACGGCGGUAUCGGCAGCGCCAAAGCCGUCUAUCGGGGCGGCGGUCGCUGCGGCGCUGAGAAAAGGCGGACGCGGUCGGCCGGUCCAGCUGUACGGGAACGCAGUGAUGUUCAAGGAUCGGAGCUUGCUUGACGAGCACGAGCACUUGGAUCUAGCUGCCGGACCACCUAUCUCGGCGCACCGGACCUCCCCUCAUUCCAAAAAGACCGCCCUACUCGAUACCAUCGAAUCGGAGGAUAAGGCCAAGCUCUCGGGACAGCGUAUACCCAAGCUGGACUUUGCCGCUUCUGCCAAAGCCACCGGGCUCGUCGCCAAAGACACCAAGGCCAAGCGGAGGUCUGUCCAUCCCCAGCCUCAACAGCCGGUCUCGCCAAAGGUCGCUGACGCUCCGGAGAAGCCGGCAGGUCCGAUGCCCAAUAUCGCCUCUAUGAUCAGCACAGCGUUCGUACCCAACUCUGGUCCACCUACACCGGACGGGACCAAGUCACCCGCCUUGACUGGCAAGCGAGCCGAGCCAAAGCCGGAGGCGCUCUCCUCGGGAGACGUAUCCAAGAUGCCGGUGGAUGAGCUGCUCCUCGCGAUCGAGGCACACGAUGCCAAGCGGAGCACGGCUGGCUCCUCCUGGACUUUGGAGGAAGAAGAGGUCUUUGUCAAGCGGGCCAUCUCGCUUCGCAAGGAACUCGCCAACCUCAUCUCCUCGGGUCGGCUCGUACCCGCCAGCCAACUCCAUAUCGCCCCGUUGGCCUCACGACAGCUCAUCGUCGUCAUGACCCCAAACGGCUCCAUAAGGCCGCACGUCACGACCCGGCCAAAACGGGCAGACUCGCGGCUCUUUAUCCGCCUGAACGAGUUUGACCGGACAUACCUCUCCACUGCGAACGCGCAGGUGGAGCAGCGGGAUCUGCCGGUGCGGGAUCUGAUUGUGCGGAGCAGCUGUGUGAGGAGCGUACUCGAGGUGCAGCAGACGAGUAUCAAUAUGGGGAAUUGCGAAAAGGGCGAGGUCAAGUCCAAGACUAUUGUCAUUCAGAACAAAUCCGACUCGAUCGGACUCUUCAGACUCCGCACGUCCGGCUCGAUUGCGUCCGGCGAUCUCAAGCUCGGAUUGGGUCGAUACGGCGUGAUCUCUGCGUUCGGGCGGAAAGAGGUCGAGAACUUUAGCUUCACCCCGUCCCUCGUCGGCAACUACCAAGAGAAUAUCGUCAUCGAGAACGUCCUCGACUCUUACCAGGACCAAAAUGUCGCGGUCAAGGCGAACGUACGGAAACAGCCCAACUUUGCGGUCCAGCCUGCGCUACUGGACUUUGGGGUCAUUGAGCGCUCGGCACCCAUCUCGGCCGCCAGCUCAGCUUCCACCUCGGUCAAGGCGCUCGUCUUUGUGUUGACCAACACCUCCAAGUCUGAGCGGGUCUUUGCUGUCGAAGUGGCGCCGCGCUCGGCCGACGGUGGAGAGGCGUUCGAGGUGUCAAUCUCGCAGGACGAAAGCGAUGCGGGGACGGCGCUGAGUAAAGAGCAGGAAGAGGAGGCGGAGGGGAUGCUUCAAAAGCUGAAGAUUGCGCGGAGGAAGGGGAAGCCGGACAAGAUCCAGAAGUACGAGUCGAGGUUGACUGAGCUGGGGGUGGAGUUUCCGCCUGCGCCGGUGUCCGCAUCGAAUGGGGGCGGGGCGGAGUCGGAUGUGGAACCCGAUGGUUCCGAAGGGAAGACCGGAGGAGAGACGGCGGAUAAGGAGGGGCCGGGCAGUCCGGGCAGCGCGGUCCCGGCCGGGGCAGAAACGCAGGACGAGGCCGAUGUCGAUGAGGUCGGACCCCAGGCUUGCGUCUCGACGCUCGCCAUCACGCUCUCGGCCUCGCAAAAGACCAAAAUCUCGGUCCAGCUCAUUCGUCGACCCGAUGUUUCUGGCUCAGAGGGUGACUUCACGGCCCAGAUCAAGGUGUACGAGAAGAAGAAUACGGACGAGACGUUCGUGGUCAAUGUGUCGGCGGCGCAGGGGACGACGGAGGUGAAGGACGAUGCGGGUGCCGUGCAAAAUGCUCUUCAUAUCGCUCUCAUGCGACAUUGUCUCGAUCUCACCCUCCAAUGUCCCGUCUCGCCCACUGCCUUCUGCGUCGGCUCGACCCUUUUCCUACCCUCUACCUCGACGCUCUAUCUCGCUCUCCAAUCCCACUUCCCCACCUUCUCCACUGGCUCCAAUACAAGUCCCGCUGGUCUCAUUCUCGACAACGGCUACUCGCGGCAAAUACCGGGAAACACCCACGCUGAAGCCAACGCCCUGACCAAUUUCCGAGCUCGAUAUGCCGAGUUGGCAAAAGCCCAGGAGCUACCUGGGGUAGAGGAGAUAUUGGGGGAGGCGGACUGCUAUGCUACGAUGGAGCCAUGCUCUGUACGGACUAGCGGCGGACCGAGUUGUGCGUUGGAGCUGGUCAGAUCCAAGGUUCGGACGGUGUAUCUUGGAGUAGAAGAACCGGCCGACUUUGUACAAUGCGAAGGCGUCCAGAUAUUACAGGACGGAGGAGUCAUUGUCAGGCGGACGAUAGGGCUGGAAGAGGAAUGCCUCAAGGCGGCUCGGAGAGGACGGAUAUGA